CAUCUCAUCCCGAACCAGGGAGCUUUGUCUCUCGUUUUUUAAGUGGAGUUUUUGUCUGCCACCCUCGAGGUCGACAGACGUCUCGCUACCCAUCCCGCAGGACAUGUUCCAAUCUGCUCCGAAGUUACUCAAUCGCUACGGGGCACAUUGAUUUCUUCGCCUUGCCACUGAGCUUCCCCUUCACCUUGAACACAUCAGGGGCUCAUUUAUGUACGCGAGACAACUCUUAAAGUGAAAGCGUUGUAGCCGCCCGCGAUUGCCUGAUUUCAGAUUUGCUCCUUUACCUUACCCCGCCAAAAUGAAGGGAUUCACAACCGCUGCGCUCGCGGUAGCAGCCGCUACCACGGUGCUUGCGCAACAAUGCGCCGAUAUCAUUACCCCCAGCUACACUGCCCCUCAGGUCGCCGCUGGCUGGCAGGCACAGCUUGUCGCCAAUGGCUUCAAGAAGCCUAGGACAAUCCAUGUUGACAGCGAGGGCGCUCUGCUUGUUCUGGAUGCUGCCGUUGGUGUUUACCGCGUCACGUUCAAGGACAAUGGCGGCACUUGUCUAUCUUUGAUUGAGAGCAAGCUUCUGGUCAACAACACAAGACUCACACACGGCAUGGCCUUUUCAGAAGAUGGCAAGACCCUGUACGCCUCCUCCGUCUCCCAAGUCCUCGCCUGGGCGUACGACGCAAAGGCCGGUACCGUCAACGCCGAGCCCGCCGUCGUCAUUGACAACAUGGCAAACAACGACCAGACCACUCGUACCCUGGUCAUGUCCAAGGCCUCAAGCAACUGGCUCGUCGUCUCCCGCGGCGUCGACGAGAACUUCGAUAUCGAUGCCCUCGAUGCCAACAGCGGCCACGCUCAGGUCAAGGCCUUUGACCUGAGCAAGUCUGGCAACGACCCCUUUGACUUCAACACGGACGGCAAGCUUCUUGGCUGGGGCAUUCGCAACGCUGUUGCUGUCGCAGAGGACCCCGCUACCGGAAACGUCUGGGCCAUGGACAAUUCAAUCGAUGAUAUCACGCGCAACGGCGUCGACAUCCAUGCCAACAACCCUGGUGAGGAGCUGAACCUGCUCGGUACCAUUGCGAACGAGACCGACGCCGGCAACUACGGUUACCCGCGGUGCUUCGCCGUCUGGGAUACCAGCAUCCCGCUGAACAGCUCUCUCAACGUCGGCGACCAGUUCUCCAUGGAGCAGAACUCGACCAUGAACGAUACCCGCUGCCACAACGACUACAUCGCUCCCCGUUUGACCUUCCAAUCUCACUCGUCUCCCGUGUUCCUCAAGUUCAGCAACGACGGAUCAAAGGCCUUCAUGUCGUUCCGCGGUAGCUUCAACCGCCCCGACCCUGUCGGAUACGCCCUCACCGCAGUCGACUUCUCCAACGGCGAGCCCGUCGCCAGCAGCGACUCGACCGACGCGCUCAAGAACGUCAUGUACAACAACGACCUUAGCACUUGCCCCGAUCAGUGCUUCCGCCCAGUCGGACUCGCGUGGGACGCCAAGAACCGCCUAUUCAUGACCUCGGACGCCACGGGCGAGAUUUACAUCCUGCAGCAAAACGACACUACGCCUACGUCAACGACUCCCGGCACCAUUGUCACCGGCACCGCGACCGCGACUGCCAAGCCUGAUGCUGCGAGUGGCUUUGCGCCUUCGCUUGGUCUUGGAUUCGUUGCGCUGAUGGCCGCUACCUUGUUGUCUUUCUAGAGUGGUGCAGAGGUGAAAAUGGAGAUGGAAAGAGAAUCACUUUGAAACGACGAUGAGAGUUGGGCUACGUCUUGCCUAAAUUUGAAUGAUUCCCGGCGAGGCAAUGUUACGACACAUGAAUAUACCUAGACUACCUUUUUGAUAUGAUUACUUUAAUGAGGAGAUUGUAAACAUACAGAGUGAGGUCGGCUUGAAUCAACGGCUUAUGAUUGACUUCCUAGCGAAGAAGGGACUCGCCCAGGUACUUCUCGCCAAUUUGCACAGCUUUGAAGACUUGAUCAUUGAAAAGUUGUUUUGUCG